CGCGCACGUGCCACUAGGCCAGCCCAGAUAAGUAGUAGCUCUGCUAGUUUUCAAGAGUGAAACAAGCCCAGAGGUUCAGCAAUUUCUGUUAGGCUCUGAAGCCUGGACAUUUCCCAGGCCUCGGGUCGUCCCUGCCUAAGGCGGUUACGGAGGGAGUGCACAAGCCUCUCUAAGUCAGAGGGGGUGGAAACCACCAUAGCUUUAAAGGGCGGUUCUCUGGGAGCUUCGGGGCACAGGGCGCAACUGCUCGAGCAGGGUCCCCCGGAAGCGCCAGCGGGUGCGCAUCCUCUCUGCUGGACCAGCGAAGCGGUUGUUGAGCCCCGCCGGACUGGGCCUGGAGACCUCCCUUCCCUCUUCCUCCGCUCCCCCCGCGUCGCUCCGGAGAUGGCGCUGCACGUGCGGUGACUGCGCCCAAGCCCUGAGGGUCCCAUCCCUGCGUCCCGCAUCUCUCAUCUCUCGGGGAAAGCAUGGAGCGCCCAGAGCUGGAGCUAAUCCGGCAGAGCUGGCGGGCGGUCAGCCACAGCCCUCUGGAACAUGGCACUGUCCUGUUCUCCAGGCUCUUCACCCUGGAACCGGACCUGCUGCCUCUCUUCCAAUACAACGGCCGCCAGUUCUCCAGCCCUGAAGACUGUCUCUCUUCCCCAGAAUUCCUGGACCACAUUAGGAAGGUGAUGCUGGUGAUUGAUGCUGCAGUGACCAAUGUGGAGGACCUGUCUUCUCUGGAGGAGUACCUGGCCGGCUUGGGCAAGAAGCACCGGGCUGUGGGAGUGAGGCUCGGCUCCUUCUCGACAGUGGGUGAGUCCUUGCUCUACAUGCUGGAGAAGUGCCUGGGUCCUGACUUCACACCGGCCACAAAGGCUGCCUGGAGCCAACUCUACGGAGCUGUGGUGCGAGCCAUGAGCCGAGGCUGGGACGGGGAGUGAGAGAAGAGCCAGUGUCCUCACCUUCUUGUCUGUCUGUUGAUCUGUCUGUGGUAGCCUCAGCCCCUCCCCCAGGGCUUCCCUGCACCUUGGCCUCUGUUCCCUUGGCCAUCCUAGAGAGGUGAUGGGAGAGGACUCUGUCUCAGUUCCUGGUCAACUGCAGAGAGGUGGGGUCUUCCCUCCAGAGGGGCCUUCGGGCUCCCCUCCUCCCCAUAGGUGCAACCCCAUCAUGCCUGGUUAGCUCUCCCCAUGAGACAAAAACAGUUUGGGUAGUAAAGUGGCAUGGGAGUUCUUCUCAGAGAAGCCUCAAUCACGGUGACGGUAAAGUGACUUGGCUUCUAGAACCUUCUACCCGUCUGCUCAGUCUCUCCGAUGCUUUCCUGCCAGGCUGUCCAGGCUGUUUACUUUCCAAAAAUGAAGAGAAGGACCAGCUUCAGUGUGGCUGGGGAUCUCAGGCAAGAGGAGCAGGGAAGAUGGUGUUCUUCUGUGGCAGUGGCCCCAGGUCUCAGCUGCUCAGAUGUCCCAUACAAAACUUCCCAUGCCCUUGGUUCAGCGUUUCUGGUAGAAGCACCCCAGUGUUCGUUCUGGGGGUGAGACCAAGCUGGCCAGACAGAACUGAGAGGCUAGUAGGGCAAGGAGGAGUGACCUCAUUCCACAUGGCCCUGAGCUGCAGGACCUAGUCUAGCAGGGCUGAAUCUUGUCUCCCCACCCUCUUCUGCUCUCUCUGCUCCCUCCAGCUGCGGGCGCCUAACUCUGUGUUUAACCCUUGAGGUGAACGUGUGCCUGGGCAGAGAAGCAGGGGAGAAUACCGUGGGAAAGGCCUUUGUUCCUGUCCCCAGUCAUCCACACUUUCUUGCUCUAUG